AUGGGAACAGAAAACACAUGGGAAAACCAGGACAUGGAGCACAUGGAGGAGGAAAACACAACACAGGAACAGAAGAGCUGUGAUUCUCCGCUGGUUUCCGCUCUGCCUCAGUCGGCCUUCACGAGUUCAUCAGAGCUGUCCAACAGUCACGGGCCGGGCUUCGCCAAACUCAACCGCAGAGACGGUGCCGGAGGCUGGUCUCCGCUGGACUCUAAUAAGUACCAGUGGCUGGAAAUCAAGCUGGAGCAGCGGACGGAGAUUACAGCCAUCUCCACCCAGGGCCGAUACGGCAGCUCUGAUUGGCUCACACGCUACCUCCUGAUGUUCAGUGACACGGGCCAUAAUUGGAGGCCGUACCGACAGGAGGAUAGCAUCGGGGCUUUCUCUGGGAACUCGAACGCUGACAGUGUGGUGAUGUACAAACUCCAGCAGCCCGUCAUCGCUCAGUACGUCCGGAUACUGCCGCUCCACUGGAACCCCAACGGCAGGAUCGGCCUGAGACUCGAGGCCUACGGCUGCCAAUACAAGUCUGAUGUGGUCGGUUUUGAUGGCAGCGCUCAUUUGCUCUUCAGGCCGGAUCCCAGCGCCAGUCCGGCAGACAGAGACGUGUUAUCCAUGAACUUCAAAACCCUGCUGAACUCUGGGAUGCUGNUUCACAUGGAGGAACGCAGCGGACACACGCUCACUCUGGAGUUAUUCAGAGGGAAACUCCUACUGCAGCUCAGAAAAGGGGGUUCGUCGGCUGAUUUGCACCCUCUGGUGUCUCUGGGCAGUUUGCUGGACGAUCAGCACUGGCAUCACGUCAGCGUGGAGCGGGUUCGAGGACUGGUGAACUUCACCGUGGACAAAAACACACAGCAGUUCCAGCUGCCCGAGUCCUGGAGUCACUCUGAGAUUAACGAGAUCAGUUUCGGUGGAACGUCAGCGGCUGGACUCCAGAAAUCCCACUCCAAAAGAAACUUCCACGGCUGCUUGGAAAACGUGCUUUACAACGACAUCAGUGUGAUCGAGCGAGCCGAAGAGCUGCAGGUCUCCAUCAGAGGGAACGUCAGCUUUACAUGCACCGAAUCCAUAGACGUGCCGGUGACCUUCGCCAGUCCUGGAAGUUUCCUCGCUUUGCCGUGGGUCUCCGGUGGAGAAAGCGCCUCGGUCGCUCUGCAGUUCAGGACCUGGAACAGAGCGGGCCUGCUGAUGACCUUUGACCUGCAGCAUAACGCGGGAACGCUGUGGCUCUAUCUGAGCGAGGCCAGAGCGCGACUGCAGAUCCAUAAGACCGGCCGGAUUAUGACAGACAUCACCGCAGGUGCCAGUUUAAAUGACGGUCAGUGGCACUCGCUGGAGCUGGCUGUGCGUCGAGGGCGUCUCGCAGUCACCCUGGACAGAACCGACAGCUCUACAGCGUCCACUUCCUUCCCUGUCGCGCCUGACAGCCAGCUAUUCUUAGGCGGAUGUCCGGACACAGAAGACAGCAGCUGCAGAAACCCGUUCAAUGUUUUCCGAGGAUGCAUGCGUCUCAUCCGGACGGGCGGCGCUUUAGUGGAUCUCAUCCGAGUGCAGCAGAUGUUGUUUGGGAAUUUUAGCAAUCUACAGAUGGACAUGUGUGGGAUCGUCGACAGGCUGGAGCUGCGAGUCUGUCUCUUUCCAGCUCCUGUCAGGUUUCCCCUGCGGCUGAAGAAACACAUCAAGCGGCGGUGUCGUUUCCCCCGCACCUGCUGCACUUGUCUUUCAGGAGGAUCAGAUAAAGCCAACAGCAAGGUUUUCAAACUGUCUACAAAGGCUGCAUGUGUAAUGCUGAAGACCACUUCCUGCACACACUUCAAACGCUUCCUGUGCACUGAUUCCUUCCACACUCAGACAAUUUAUGAAGCAUCGUGUGAAGCAUACAAACACAAAGGAAACACGUCUGGCUUUUACUACAUCGACGUGGAUGGAAGCGGCCCCAUCAAACCUCAACUAAUCUACUGCAACAUGUCAGAUAAAGCAUGGAUGGUGAUCCAACAUAAUAACACGGAGCUCACCAAAUUAAAAGUGUCCUCCGGGAUAAAUCAGCAUUUAGCCCACUUUAACUAUUCCGCCGAUGUGGAGCAGAUCCAGGCGAUAAUUACCCAGGCGGAGUACUGCGAGCAGGAGCUCUCCUACCACUGCAAAAAGUCACGGCUCUUGAACACACCAGACGGCGCUCCGUUCAGCUGGUGGGUGGGCCGGUCGGGUGAGGCGCACAUGUACUGGGGCGGCGCGGUGCCUGGCAGUCAGCAGUGCGCCUGUGGCCUGCAGGACAACUGUGUGCAUCCCGAACACUUCUGCAACUGUGACGCCGACAGCAAAGAGUGGUCAAAUGACUCCGGGCUGCUGUCCCAUAAAGAGCAUUUGCCGGUGCGAGCGCUGACUGUGGGUGACAUCAACAGAUCUGGUUCCGAAGCGGCCUACAGAGUGGGACCCCUGCAGUGUUACGGUGACAAUAACUUCUGGAACGCUGCCUACUUCAACAAGGAGACGUCGUACCUGCACUUUCCCACGUUCCACGGGGAGCUGAGCGCAGACAUCUCCUUCCUGUUUAAGACCAGCUCUUCAUCGGGAGUGUUUCUGGAGAACCUGGGGAUCAAAGACUUCAUUCGGAUCGAACUGAGCUCUCCGACUCGAGUGCUCUUCUCGUUCGACGUGGGGAACGGUCCUCUGGAGGUGAAGGUGGAGACGCCGGCGGCUCUGAACGACGAGCGCUGGCAUCACGUGAGAGCCGAGAGGAACGUGAAGGAGGCCUCGCUGUAUGUGGACCAUCAUCCCGGCGCCGUUCAGAAAGCCCCCGCUGACGGACACAUUCAUCUGCAGCUCAACAGCCAGCUGUUUGUAGGAGGAACGGCUUCCAGACAGAAGGGCUUCCUGGGCUGCAUUCGCUCGCUGAAGCUGAACGGGAAGACUCUGGAUCUGGAGGAGCGGGCGGAGAUCACGCCCGAAGUGACGCCCGGGUGUCCUGGACACUGCAGCAGCUACGGCGGCCUGUGCCAGAAUCACGGCAGCUGUGUGGAGGAUCACAGCGGCUUCACCUGCGACUGCAGCCUCUCGGCCUUCACCGGCACCUUCUGCCAUAAAGACGUUUCUGCCUUCUUCAAACCCGGAACAUCAGUCAUGUACACGUUCAAAGAGCCGUACGAGCUGAACAGGAACGUCAGCGCUCAGUCGUCCUCCAUCUACUCUGAUUUAACGCUGAGAGGAGAGAACGUUUCGCUGAGCUUCAGGACGAGCCAAGCGCCGGCGCUGCUGCUUUACAUCAGCUCAUACUACAGAGAGUUCCUCGCCGUCCUGCUCGACAGAAACGGACAUUUGGACGUCAGGUACAAACUGCAGCACAACAGAGACGCGGAGGUUUUCCGAGCCAGCGGCAGGAAUCUGGCCAACGGGCUUCUCCACCGCGUGAGCGUCCAGAGACUGACAGAGACGCUCAGUAUUCAGGUCGAUCAGCAUGCAAAGGAAUAUUUCAAUCUAACAUCGGACACUGAGUUCAAGGCCAUCAAAUCGAUAGUCUUGGGAAAAGUGAGCGAGUCAGGUGAAGUGGAUCCAGAGAUCGCUCGUCUGAACGCCCUGGGCUUCACCGGCUGUUUGUCUGUGGUCCAGUUUAACUCCAUCUCUCCGCUGAAGGCGGCUCUGCUGUAUCCAGACACCAGUCCUGUCAUAGUCACCGGACCGCUGAGCGAAUCCAGCUGUGGCUCAUCUUUACCCACCAACCCAUAUGCCGCUGAGACCACUCAUUCACUCACAGAUCAUGUGGGUUCAGUAAAUACGGGUGAGCCAAUAGUCAAUGCUAUCAACAGUGACUCGGCUUUGAUCGGAGGUGUCAUUGCCGUCGUGAUAUUUGUGAGUCUGGCCGCGCUGGCUGUGAUGGCACGAUUCCUGUACCGGCGGAAAGAAACGUUUCAGCCCCAAGAGCCCAAAGCGGGAAAAACAGAUGACAGUCCUCAAACGCCCUUUAACACGGAUCCAAACUCACAGAGCAUUGUCAGUGAUUACCAAAAAGAAUAUUUCAUAUGACGCUCUUUUACCUCGUAUCGGACUAAUCCAGUUAAACCGACGAACUGAAAUGCCUUGUCGAGUCUAGGGACAUUAACAUUCACGGUGCAUUAUGGGGAACCGUCCGAGAGACUGGGGCUGCUGAAGAGGAGCGACGUGUCCCUAAGUUUUUGCCCUUUUUGUACAUAAAACAGUUAUUGUCCAGAGAUCUGGCACAAUAGUACGGUUUCUAAGGUGUGUAUAAUGACAUUCAUUGGUUGUAAAUAUUCUUUUGAAAUGAAACUUUGUAACGUCACCUUCUCCUUUUGCCUUUGAAUGAUUCAGUGCUCAGUAUUACGUUUAACGGAGUUAAAGAAGUGAUCAUUGUAUAGCUAAAUCAAAAUAAAUGUGUGAGUUGGCGAGUGCGAUGUUGUUGUGAAUACAUGCGUUCGUGCAAAAGACUUCAGAUUUUGCAGAAAAGGCUGUACGCUCCAUAUUUAUCACUCUUUGCCCGUGCUUUUUGUCAAUGAUUUGCUACUUGGAACAAAAAUACAUCCUAUGA